AUGUCUUCGCACGGAACUACCGAAAACCCUACUCCUGGAACCUCGUCCACGUCCGAGAGACGUAUUCCCCAGAAUCUGGCCCAAGAGAUUCAAGACCAGGAAAUGAAGGAGGAAUCCGAUAGCGAUGACGACAAUGAAGAACUUAAGCGGCAACUUGAGCGGAACAACAACGAGCUCAGGGAAAUGAAAAACCUGUUCAACCAGAACGUCAAAGCCCUCAAGGAGCUACAGGAACAAGCCCGCCGCACCAAAGAACUAGAGAAGGAAGUCACAACCCUUCGAGCUGCCGCGAACGUCAUAUCAGCUCCUGUCGAAGGAAGAGAACGCCUUAAGCUCAACACCCCUACCACCUUCGACGGAACCCCUGGACAGCUCAAAGGAUACUUGGUACAGAUACGGACCUACCAAGCCUUCCACAUCAACACGUUCCAGAACGAUACCGAACGUGUCGUCCACGCCGCCACCUUCUUGAGAGGGAAGGCCCUCGCUUGGUUCGAACCCCUCCAACAAGAAUGGCUGGACACCCCUAUCGAGAGAUACAGUCAAGAAGUGAAGGACAUCUUUUUCAGCUUCAGUGGAUAUGUUAAAGCCCUUCAAUCUCUCUUCUUAGACCCCGAUGAGAAAAGACAAGCAGAAAGAGAACUGGCGAGCCUACGACAAAACAAAUCAGCUACAAUGUACGCCGCAGAAUUUCGACGACUCGCAGCUAGACUCGACAUGACCGACGAAAGCAAAGUCUUCGCUUUCUACCAGGGUCUCAAGGACGACGUCAAGGACGAAAUGGCCAAAGUGGACACGCCACCUAGCUUCCUUGAUUAUGUCGAAUACGCCAUUAAGAUUGACAACCGACUGUUUAAACGACGCAAGGAAAAAGGAGAAAAACGUCAAACAGCCAACUCAGGAAAGAAAUACCAAUGGCAACCCCAACACAAGUUCAACAAAAACCAGAACAACAGGAACAACAAUCAGCAGAGCACCGCACAUGGACAACACAGCGGACCCAUGGACCUGAGCGUCGCGCAAAAAGACAAACCCAGACGCAGAGAAUUCAAAUGCUACAACUGCGACAAGCCAGGACACAUGGCCAGACACUGCACACAGCCUAAGAAACUUACGGCAACCCCUAAGCAAGCCAACGCUGCAACCAAAAUCCCUAGCCACGAAGAAAAGGGAUGGACAGCCUGCUAUGACAAUGAUUGCACCACGCACAGGCAUGCAAAAGAGAAUAGUGGAUGGUACCCUCAAAACCCAGCAGGACGAUCGGGAUACGACACCACCAACAUACCCAAGGCCAUUGCUGAACAAGCGAAGAAGGCCGCGGAACUCAACAACGCCUUCCAAGAUGGUAGCAUUGUGUACCAACCGGGACUCUUAUGGGACAUCCCACGCCUCGCCAACUAUCGACAGACGAAUGAAGUAAACACCCCGGAAAGUCUCUCAGAAGAAGAAGCCAGGAAACUCGAAGAAGAAAACGAGACAGCCAUCAAACGGAUACAAGACGCCAUCAACUACACGAUGCAAAUUCGAAACAACAGCGAAGUUGGAGACACCCUCCAACACAUGCGGAAAACCCGAGACCGCCGCAUCGCACUACGCGGAAACACCCGAGGACAGUAUCAACUCAAGUACAAAGCAACCCAAUUUGUCUACCGACCCCAAAACGAUGGAAAGACGGAACGAACCCUCGCGGUAGCCAGCAAAUACGCCCGCAAAGCCACCGAGCAAUUGGAUGAAAUGCUGAGACAACAACAAUUCAGGGACGCUAGCACCCAGACCCGAGUAUACCAAGCAAAGGACAACCUAAGCUAA